GUCAUCUUAUUCAAAUUCGUGGCUGAGAUUGCUUGUCAAACAGUUGCGCCGGCCCGUCCUAACAUAUGGAGGCCAUCAACUCCGCAGCAUCGGCUAUAAACUGGGAAAUUGACUCAACGGCAUCAGUACAAGGGGCAUGGACGCAUUUCAGGCAGUUAUAUAACCGGGUAACUCAACCAUACAUACUCUAGACAGUCCCAAAGAGGAAAAAGUACGGCUUUUACUGGAUAGGCAGGGAUAUUCGACGUUUUUUUACCAAGACAAAAUAAGAAAUGUUGCUAUCAGCCUUGGUGUAGCAGGUACAAUGGAACGCUACAGAUCGGUAAGCACGUAUAUAAUCAAAACUUAGGAAGCUCAAAGAAAAUAUGAAAUGCAGUUGGCACAAUGUGGACUCAAGCAGCCUUAGAGAAUCGUCUCGUACAUAAACUACAGAACAAGGAUGCAUCAUUGGAUUUCCGACCUAAUUAAAGGGAGUGAAUUUGAAAUGAUAGAGGAAGAUCAGGAAAAAGUAGAGGCUUUGGCUGACUUUUGGGGCAGUUUUCACUCGGGAACCUCCUCUAGACAGAGAACCAAACCCAAAUACAGAGUCAACAAACCACCUCUCACCGUGGACUUCGAUCAAGACGAUGUAUUUAAGGCUCUUAGCACUUUAGACACGGAAAAGUCAACAAGACUAGAUGGACUACACCCUAAAAUCUUGGGACAUAUUGCACAAUAUAUCGCGACCCCAGUGACUGUGAUAUUCAACAUGUCACUUGACCAAAUUGUGUUACCUAUGGAAUGGAAGGACGCAAUCGUCACUCCCAUACAUAAAACAGGACCAAGACAACUUCCAUCGAACUACAGACCUUUAAGCCUCACCAGCGUUGUAGUUGAAAUAUUGAAAAUAGUCAAGAAGGCCAUAAUGACAUUUGUGGAGACCAAUAACCUGUUAAGCAGCGAACAACAUGGUUUUAAAAAGGGUUUAUCUAGUACAACGAACCUCCUUAUAGCAAGAGAAUAUUGGACAAAGACGCUAGACAACGGAAACUUGGUGGAUGUUGUCUACAUACAUUUCAGUAAGGCUUUUGACAAGGUGUCAACAAAUAGACUGCUACUAAAGUUAGAAAAUCUUGGUAUUGUUGGACCUCCUUAAAAAUGGCUUAAGGAUUUCCUAGUAGACAGAAAGUAAAAAUAAAUUCCAAGUGCUCCAACUGAAGACCAGUACUUAGUGGAGUACCUUAAGAUUCCAUCCUAGGUCCUUUACUUUUCAUACUGGAUGUAAAUAAUCUCUCAAGUAUAGUACAGUCCCCAAUAUUAUACGCUGACGGUGUAAAAAUCUGGUGAGUAAUAACCGGAGACGCAGAUGCAUGCGCACUUCAGGUAGACUUACAUAAUGUGAUUAACUGGUCUAAAGAGUGGCUGAUGCC